CACCUUGGGAAUAUGGCGGCGUGCAUUCGUGAAAGAAUGUAGUUCUUAGCCUAUUGUAUUUAGUUUAAAUCCUUGGUAACUGAACCAAAUUUUCAAGAUCGAAAUAAUAUUACAGACGCCAGAGGCCAUAAUCAAAAAACGUUGCAGGUCAUGCACUCCAAUACCUCUUAUAACACAUACACUGUGGAGAAUGCUGAGUCAUAUCAUGAAGUCUUCAAAGUUCUUGAUAGUCUUGGAAUGGCAGACUUAAAAGUGACUUUCCAGGAACACUGUAUUCAGGACCAAACAUUGCAUUAUGUUGAAACAGAAGAUGAGCUUAAACAACUACUGAGGGAGAUUGGUAUUCCCCUUGGACGAUGUAUUCCAAUCAUGAAAUCAUGGAGGAAACGUUAUUCCAGUCAAGAAACAGUUAGAAGCAAAGAUAAGGUUUCAACAGCUGAGAAUUACUCACAGACCUCCAUAGUUACCAUGGACGCAAGUAUACAAACUGAAGAUAUAUUAAUUAGUGCUGCUGAUUAUAACAAAAUUCUUAACAGUGAGCUUAACACUCAACUGGCAGAGCUUAACAAUCAACAAGAGCUUCUUAAUCAUUAUGCUGCUCUGGCUAGUGGCGAGUUUAAUUUAAAACUGACGGAGGCGCAAAGUGGAACCUUCACCUCUGGGCAGGUCCCUUCCUCAUAUGGUACACAGUCCUUGGACCCUUAUACUGCUCAGCUCUGGUCCAAUUUAAAUCAGUACCAAGAUCAAUAUAAUAUGUGUGGAGGCUUCUUGCAGGGAAGCACGGCUAAUGUCGCAGGAGGAGUUAUCCCGGACAGUAAUGGGGGUGAGGCGUCCUCGGUUAGAUAUAAUCAAAAUAUGAGUGAUGUCAAUCAUGUGAUGGUACCAUCUCCACCUUCUCCGGUACCUUCUCAAGAUAUGGGGCAGUAUCAGAGAGUGACAGCCAAUGUCUCUAAUCGUAAGGACGUUGUUGAUGAGAGAGAAGACCAGGCUAUUGAACAGUCGUUAAAAGACUUUGAAACAAUGGAAAUGGAGUCUCAACAUUCGUAUGCCUCAGCUGUUAAUUCCGAGACAGCAGACCUUAGUCAAGACAGUCAGCACAGUUAUGGUUCCAACACGGAGCAGCACUCCUCUUAUUAUAUGCAGUCAAGUCAGAGAAUGCCUUUACCCUAUACCAGUCGUUCUUCAGUUCGUUCAACCCAAACCACAUCAAGGCCAGUGCCGUCUGAAAAAUCCGACUCCAGCCGCUUUGCCAAAUGCGAUGAUAUAUCUCUGGAUAGCGGAACAACAAGGCUCCCAUCAAGUAUACAGAGUGUUGGGCCACAAACCCUGCAGGGAUAUUUAGAUAGUUUGCCAGAAUCGAACGAAUACAAGGAAGCUAUGAAGAGCAAAAACCCCAAAAAGGGAUGGAAACCAAUUGACGGGAAACACAUUCAGUCUGGGAAAAAGGUGGCAUUCAAACCAGUAUACUGGGAUAAAGAAGGGCGCAUGCGCCAUGGGGUAGCUGUCAGGGGAUCGGAUAAAUCCGAGGAGUGCUGGCGCCAUGUAGAGGGGAAGGCUCCAGCUGGCUGUACAUUUGCACACUCUCGUCUGGGUGAUACCCUGCAGUUUGUUUGCGUCAAGUGCUCUUAUGAGAGGAACCCUUAUGACUGGUGCUCAGACAAGACGAAACAUAAACAAUAUAUAUUUAAUCUUGGUCCGUAUCGUAACUUAGAGGGUGGAGUAUGGAAGAAAAUUUCUUGAAAUAACACUUUGUGGUGAAGCUUGCUUUACAACUGUUCAGGUGAAUUGUAUCAGUAGUCAGUGGUCUGCGUUAGAGCAGUAUUCAUUUGAGUGUCGAAAAAUCAGGACCAAAGUAACCCCAGCGACCAAUCAAAAGAAAGGUUUACAUUAUUAUUAGCUAAUGAGAACUCAGAACGAAACCUAACAAACUCCUUGAAGGCGGGAAAACGCGUAUGACCAAAUCGUUAUUGUUUUUAGUUUUGCAUCUGAUUGGUUAAUAAGAGGAUGGUGUGAGUUUUCUGAACCAAUCACAGAGCAAAGUUAAGCGAAAUCUCGGAUUACUUUAGACGCUCAUUUGGAAAUUGACCUUUUUUAGCUAUGAGCGAGUUAUUAUAUUUUGAUUUUUUUCAGCAUGUGAUAAAAGGUUGUAGGAAGCAUGAUGGCUGAUGUGGCACAUAUGUGCAAGGAUUUUGGGCUUUUGUUAUGAGGUUAAUUUUUUGUGUGGUGGUUAACUUGUCAAUCUGAGCACAGCACUAAAAGAAGGGUGAUGGUAAAAAGAAGGGAAAGAAAGGCCACGUUGAUAAACAGAAAAUAGAAACUGCACAAGACAUUGAAAUUAAUGUUCUUUACACAAGUUACGACCACUUCCGGUGUUUUCUGUGGGUAAAAGGGAAUUUUGAAGACAGACACCCACAUACUGUGUAUAAAACAGAGUAGCUUCUACAUUCAUGUUUAGGUACUAAUAAUUUUAUUCCUUCCAAUUUUUUUUUUUUUUUUAUGGUUGUGGUUAGUCUUCCUAGUCGUCUCGCCAUGCUUAUAAUAUAAUUUGUCAUUCGAGAACGACGCCAAAAAGGCCUAUUUUCGCACGCACGAAGUAAUUAGGUUGGUGUAUUGAGAAAGAAGUCUCGUGACGGUGGUAUACGCAGGUUAAGUGUUGGUAUUAAUUUACUGUUUGUUGCGGUGAGGAUUUGGAGAGGUGCUCCUCCAUCUUUUGAGUACUUCUUAAGAUGUUGGUUGUUUUUAAACGAGAAUGAAACCGAAAAUAUAAAUUUUCCAAGGCUAAAUGAGCCCGAAAGAGAUGGUAAUAGGGCAAUAGGAAAAAGAUAAAGGGUUGAGUAUUUAUAAGGACUGUGUAAGAGAUAAAAGUUGGAGUAUCUUUUGGGAUUGCAAGUGUCAAACAGACGAUAACCAAAUCGGUAUUCGGAGCUCAAAGCCCAGAUCACGUUCUAUGUUUUAGUAUUAUUAUUAUUCUGUCAGUGUUCAAUUUUAUUACUGUGCCCUUUUACUUUAUUGAUCAUUCCAUGGAACUUAUCUUUUUACAAUUGUUGUGGUGUUGCACUGUGUCUGAGAUUCGGAUUUCAAUUUUUAGAAACCUGGAAAACAUUUCAUUUGGUUGCACUUACAGCCACGUGCAACAAUUCUACUACUAACUGAUUUUAUAACACGAAAUUUAAAGCGACUGGUUCUUUUCAGGGAGUGUAUUAUUACUUAGGAUAGCAACGUACUUAGAUGAGUUUCCCUGUAUGGUGUGGACCUCUAAAAUCGCCUAAAACACACGAUUUCCUUGUUAAACGGGAUCGCAGUGCAAGACCACAGUGUAAUACGCUGAUUCUUGGAAAUAAACAUUUUUCAUUCUUGACA